CAGUCUGGGAAGCGCCCCCCGGACGCCUGGGUCCCCGAAGAGGAGAGCGCGAGAGAGGGAUUCAGUGGGGGUUAGGAAUUCAGGGAGAUGUUGGAAGAGGAGAAAAGUGUGGCUCCAAGUGGGAUUUCUUUUCUUAAAAAGCAAAGGUGGGAGCAGGAGCAGAUUGCAAACAGGAGGGUCUAGGUCUAGGAGAAGGUCUGCCUUCCUUCCCCAGAGCCCACCGCCCUUUGCCCUGGUCUUUACCCUCUCUUCCCCGCCGCUCUUCAACCCUGACCUUCGAUCCUCUGCUGAGCCAGCGGUCUCUGCUGGCUGGACUCGCCGCCUCUCACGUGGGUGUCGUUGACCACCCGAGCUCUAAAGGUCUCCCUCUUCCCUCCACGGUGGCACGUUUCAACUAUUAUUGUUAUUUAAGUCUGCAUUUAGGAAAAGGGACGCGGAAGAACUUGCGCGUGCUCAACGUCAGGCAGCCCUGCCUUUAACUAACAGAGCUAGAGAACCCUGGAGAACGCAGGAAUCCGGCCGAUCUUUGCUGCAACGUACAAAACACCCUUAGAAUGGGAAGCAAAGUCUCGCCCGUGCUCGAAUCCUGGCAAAGCUCUUGCUUCGCUCCUUUCUCUCUCUCUCUUGUCUCGUCUGAAUGUAAAUGCACGUCUGCAUUCCAACCCCGUGUAGGGCAUCCUCUCCGCCCCUUGAGAGAACACGGGAACUGACUGGGGGAUUCUGCUGCAGAUAUGCAAGCACCAAACUAUGCUUUUCUUGCUAUCUUGCUGGGCUGCAGCUAGACUAGCUGUCCUGGGGGGGGGGGGCAGUCCGUGCCGUGCAGCGAUCUGCUGCGUUGAAUGAGCAGAGCGCCCAAAGGAGGCGAGGUAGACGAAGCUGCGCUCGGACUCCUCGGUUCCACGGGAGGUUCAGCGCCUCGUUCUCUGCUUCGCGGGGGCAAAGAGAGGGUCUCUUCCAAUAGGCGUGGCUGAGCGACCCGAUUUGAAUCAGGGUCAUAUGCAUACUGCGCGCCCAUUGGCCAGCGCGCCCGUGGUAAGUCCCACCUCGGGUUACGUGCUACCGCGGAGGUACCCGCCCCUCUUACUCCGCCUCGCUCGGUCUUCUGGGUUAGGGAGGGGGCUGUAUCCCAGCGUGCACCGGGGUUAGGCUCCUAAUUAAACCGAGCUGGGGGGACCCCUAUUCCAUUUAUUUUUAUUAGAUGUUUGCUAUUAUUUUAUUAUAAUAAUUAUUAUAAUCGCCAGCCCUUUUCCCAUUCCGGGCAUGUCCUCGCCUUCCCCUUCUUCCUUCCUGGGCCCCAAGAGCGCGGAUCGCCCCAAAGUGCCCCGCACCCGGGCAGCCACUUGGAGCCACCGGGAGACGCUGGAUUUCCUCGCCUUGUGGGGGGAGGAAGGGAUCCAGGCGCAGCUGAACCGCUGCCACCGGAAUGCCGACGUCUACCAGUGGAUCUCGGAGCGGAUGGCGGAGAAAGGCUAUUUCCGCGACGAAGACCAGUGCCGGACCAAAGGCAAAGACCUGAAGAAGAGUUACAAGCAAGCCAAGCUGCAGGACGGCAUCGCCCGACAGAGGUGCCGCUUCUUCCACGAACUCGACGCCAUCCUGGGCAGCGGCGGGAGCAGCAGCAACGGAGGGGGCGGAGGGGGCGCGGCGCCUUGGUGCCAGGUGGUGAUCAAAGAGGAGAGCGAUCCCGAGCUCGACCCCGAGCUCCACGAGGACGAGUACGCGUGGACCCAGGUGUCCGUGACCGACGGCAGCAGCGACGUGGAUCCUCAGGGCGAGCCUUCCUCCUCCGCAGUAGCGGCCGCCGCCUCGUCCUCCUCCUCCUCCCAAGCAGGGGUCGGGGGUUUGCUCCACUCCGAGGACCCGACCCUCCACCACCAGCACCACGUGGCAGGCGGGAUCGUCAAGGAGGAGAAAAGUCCCGGGAGAGAAGAGAGGGGCGGAGGGGGAGCCUACCUCUACGGCCAGGAGGACGCCCACGUGGAGACCCCCGGCGGGGCGGACGAACCUCUCCUUCGCCGGGAGAGCCGGACGCACUUGGAGACUCCUUGGAGACCAGGGCUGAACCGGAGAGUUUUCUCCAGGCCACGGACCCUGCUGAGCACCCGGGAGAAGCUGGCUCAGCUCCGCAACAGGAGGAAGAGGCCCCGGGACGACAAGUUCGGCGAUCUCGUGCGGGACAUCCGAGCGCACUUCCGAGAGAGGGAGAAGCUGUUCCAGGGCUUGUGGGAGGAGGAGAAAGCCCAGCGGGAGAAGGACCGGAGGCUGUGGACAGCCGAGAUGGACUGGAUCCGGCAGAUGUGGGCCAAGAGCCAGAAGGAGCGAGAGGCGGUGGGAGACGGCAGGGAGGCAGAUGGGCCUCGGCAUGUCAAGGAGGAGAGCUGGAGCAGGGACCUCUGCAAGGACCCUGAGGGAGGACCUCGGAAAGACACCAGCGUUCAAGAGCCCCUCCUCUUAAAGACCUGGCUGGAAUCCCAUGGCCGUAGUUUCGGGCAUUUCAUAGGCGGAGAAUGGCUGAAGCCGGACGGAAGGGAGACCAGCACCACCAAGAAUCCUACCACAGGGGAGCCACUGGCCACCACCCUUCAGGGAAGCACAGAAGACGUGGACGCAGCUGUUGAUGCUGCCACCAAAGCAUUCGAAAGUUGGAGCCAACUCCCUGGCCAUGUCCGGGCCCGGCACCUGUACAACGUGGCCAGGACCGUCCAGAAACACCAGCGGCUCCUCGGUCUCCUCGAGAGCCUAGACAGCGGGAAGCUGAUCCGGGAAGCCCGAGAUGCAGACCUGCCUUUGGUCGUCCGCCAUUUUUACCAUCACGCUGGCUGGGCCCAGCUGAUGAAGGUGGAGAUGAAGGGCUGGAAGCCUCUUGGUGUUGUGGCAGCUCUCAUUCCCAGGAGUUUCCCGCUGCUGACUCUGACUUGGAAGGUGUGUCCUGCGCUGGCCAUGGGAAACACCGUAGUCCUGAAACCAGCCAGCUCUACCCGGCUGACGGCUCUGCUCCUGGCUGAGGUUUGCGCCCAGGCUGGGUUACCUCCGGGGGUCCUCAACGUCAUCACAGGCGACCAGGGGCUGGGAGAGGCUUUGGCCGCCCACCCAGGCAUUGACAAAGUGGCCUUUGCUGGCUCUGCCGAGGUGGGCCGCAGCCUGCGCCGGGCCACUGCUGGGACUGGCAAGAAGCUGUCUCUGCAGCUCGGCGGGAAGUCGCCCUUCAUCGUCUUUGACUCGGCUGACCUGGACAGCGCCGUUGACGGGCUGGUAGAUGCCGUCUGGCAGAACUGGGGGCAGCCCCAGAGUGCCGGGUCUCAGCUGCUCCUGCAGGAAUCCAUUGCCAAAGACUUCGUUCAACGCCUGAAGCGCCGAAUGGGGCAGCUCCGCGUGGGGGACUCUCUGGAUAAGGCCGUGGACUUGGGAGCCUUGGUCAGCGAGAAGCAGCGGCACGCCAUUGAGGGCCUGGUGGAGGAAGCUCGAGCAGAAGGUGCUGAGGUUUUCCAGGCAUGGGCGUCCCUCCCGCCAAGUGGGCUGUUCUACCCUCCGACCUUAAUUACCGGCGUAUAUCCUACCUCCCGUUGCGUCAGGGAAGAGAUCUUUGGCCCCGUUCUCGUAUCGUUGACUUUCCGGACAGCCAAGGAGGCGUUGGCGUUGGGGAACAGCACCCCCUAUGGGUUGGCUGCCAGUGUGUGGACGGAGACCCUUCCCCUGGCUCUGGAAGUCGCCCACAGUUUGCAGGUGGGGACUGUCUGGAUCAAUGGCCACAACAUGCUAGAUGCUGCAUCUGCCUUCGGGGGAUACAAGGAAAGCGGUUAUGGCCGAGACGGAGGCAAAGAGGGCCUUUUUGAGUAUGUGAGACCAAACUGGGAGGCCCGCCCACACCUCGGCACUGUGGACCUGGACUUCAAGACCUUUGCUACCUCACAAGGGGCUGGGAUCCCCUCAGUUGCUGCAGGCAGUAGAGUCCCGCGUUCCUCAGUGUCUGACCUGGAAGGAAACAUUCCAAAUGUGGACCGAACCUACAAGCUGUACUACGGGGGUGCGCAGAAGAGGCCAGACUCCAUGAGUUCCCGAGCCGUCCUUGACCACGCUGGCAAGAUAGCAGCCUACGUGGCAGACGGGGGCGUCAAAGACAUCCGUAAUGCUGUGGAAGCCGCUCACAAGGCUGCUCCGGGGUGGGCUAAGCAGACGCCUCAUGCCCGGGCGCAGAUCUUGUACUACCUGGCUGAGAACCUGGAACUCCGCCGAGCAGAGAUUGCAUCGUGCCUGGAGGCGUUGGCCGGUGCCGAGAAAGAGGCGGCUCUGCAGGAGGUGGACCUCUGCGUGCAGCGGCUCUUCUACUGGGCGGCGUACUCUGAUAAAUACGGCGGAGCUGUGCAGGAAACCUCUUUGUACGGCGCCUCCCUCCUCUUUCGGGAACCUCUCGGUGUCAUUGGCAUCGCCUGCCCCGAUGAACAGCCUCUCCUCGCUUUCGUCAGCUUGCUGGCUCCUGCUGUCGUCCGCGGCAACUGUGUGGUGAUGGUCCCCAGCAAGCGGUUCCCGUUACUCGCCCUGGAUUUCUACCAGGUACUAGACACUUCGGACGUCCCUGGUGGAGUGGUGAACAUCAUCUCUGGCAACCGGGACCAUUUGAGCCGGGCCUUAGCCGAACACCAAGAUGUGCAAGCUGUAUGGUACUUUGGCUCUAAGGAGGGUUCUGCACUUGUUGAAUGGGCCUCGGCUGGGAACCUGAAGAGGACCUGGGUGAAUUAUGGAGCGGAGGAGCGUUGCUGGGCUGACCCACAAGAGGGGGCUGGGGAAGAGUUUCUCUACCAGGCCACACAGUGUAAAAGUGUUUGGAUGCCCAUGGGUGAUAUAUUUGCCAACUGA